CGGACAUCUCAGCAGAGAAGAGGUGCGGCGCUUCAACUUCAGACAGGUUGAAAACAGUGGCAGUCACCAUCUGACACCUGCAGGAGGAUUUCAAGCCACAGACCUGCACAUUUUCUUUUCUUUCCUCAAUUAACUCGUUUACUUUCAGUGCGCACGGAGGAUUUACAGGAAGACGCGACCGCAGCUUUGACUUUUGCGCGCAGAUUGUUUGCUUUCCGUCUCUCAGCAUGGCUUCAACAACCUGCACCAGAUUUACCGACGAAUAUCAGCUGUAUGAAGAACUCGGAAAAGGAGCGUUUUCUGUGGUGAGAAGAUGUAUGAAGAUCUCGACCGGUCAGGAAUACGCAGCCAAAAUUAUCAAUACCAAGAAACUGUCUGCCAGGGAUCACCAAAAGCUGGAACGAGAGGCUCGAAUUUGUCGUCUUCUCAAGCAUGCAAACAUUGUCAGGCUCCAUGACAGCAUAUCAGAGGAGGGCGUUCACUACCUCGUCUUUGAUUUAGUCACAGGAGGGGAACUGUUUGAAGAUAUCGUGGCCAGGGAAUACUACAGUGAAGCAGAUGCAAGUCAUUGCAUACAGCAGAUUCUAGAGAGUGUUAGUCAUUGUCAUGUAAAUGGCAUUGUACAUCGAGACUUGAAGCCAGAGAAUCUUCUCUUAGCCAGUAAGCUGAAGGGAGCAGCGGUUAAACUGGCUGAUUUUGGGCUUGCCAUUGAAGUGCAGGGAGACCAGCAGGCGUGGUUUGGUUUUGCUGGGACUCCCGGUUAUUUGUCUCCCGAGGUUCUGAGGAAGGAGCCGUAUGGCAAACCAGUGGACAUGUGGGCAUGUGGUGUGAUUCUGUACAUUCUUCUGGUGGGUUACCCUCCUUUCUGGGAUGAAGAUCAACAUCGACUUUACCAGCAGAUCAAAGCCGGUGCUUAUGAUUUUCCUUCUCCUGAGUGGGACACGGUAACACCAGAGGCCAAAGAUCUCAUUAACAAGAUGCUAACCAUUAACCCGGCCAAACGCAUCACAGCUGCUGAGGCCCUGAAGCAUCCCUGGAUCUGCCAACGCUCCACAGUCGCCUCCAUGAUGCACAGACAGGAGACUGUCGAGUGUCUGAAGAAGUUCAACGCCAGGAGGAAACUGAAAGGUGCCAUCCUGACCACCAUGCUGGCUACACGAAACUUCUCAAGCAAGAAUCCGUACAAGAAGCCUGAUGGGGUUAAGGAGCCCCAAACUACUGUUAUCCACAAUCCUACCGAUGGAAAUAAGGAAUCGUCAGAGAGCGCAAACACAACUAUUGAAGAUGAAGACUUUAAAGCCAAAAAACAGGAGAUCAUUAAAGUCACAGAGCUGCUGAUUGAAGCCAUUAAUAAUGGAGAUUUUGAAGCUUAUACGAAGAUCUGUGAUCCUGGAUUGACCUCAUUUGAACCUGAAGCUUUGGGAAACCUUGUGGAGGGGACGGAUUUCCACAGAUUCUACUUUGAAAACUGUCUCUCUAAAGGUCACAAACCCAUCCACACCAUCCUGCUGAAUCCUCACGUGCAUCUGAUCGGCGAGGACGGCGCCUGCAUCGCUUACAUCAGACUCACUCAGUACAUGGAUGCCAACAACACGCCUCGCACCAUGCAGUCGGAGGAAACCCGCGUCUGGCACCGCCGAGAUGGCAAAUGGCAGAACAUUCACUUCCACCGGUCUGGAUCUCCAACCGUCCCCACCAAAUGAGUAAGGAGCAUGGCGUUUCAUGUCAGAAGAGCUUCAACAACACAAUCACGAUCUUCACCGUUUGCUCUACCAGAGUCCUGUUUACAUUUAGUGCUGGAUUUUUAGAAUAGGAAGAGAUUUAUUUCGUAUGAGGAUGCGUUGUGCGCGUGCGUGUAUGUGUACAUUUAUAUGUAUAUCGAGUAUGAUGUUUACACACUGUACUCAUUAUAUGGAAAGCAUGUUCUUACUAAGUACUAUAAUCUUUUUACAUUUUUGUAUAACAUAAAAAGUAUGGAACCAUUCGCUUGUAAUCUGUGGUGUUCGGGUUUAAGGAUUUGACAAAGUUUAUUCGAAAUGUAAUCGAAUGAGAAGAUGCCAAGUUGUAAGUUAGGUGAAAGAAAAGGCCAAAAAUAUCUUUGCAUAUAUAAGACUUUUUCAUUAUAACUGAUCAGUAAUCCAAGUUAGACAUCCAUUCGUGUCUAUCAAGCUGUGAGGUUUACAGGAUAAUGUAGUUUUUGUGCUUUUCUAAAUUUGUAUCGAUGAAUCCACUACGGCAGAGACUUAUUACUUAUAAUGCAAGAAAUGAGCUUGCUUAUGGUGAUGUAAACAUUUCGUGAAGUUAUGUGAAGUGCUAUUCUGGCUUUACACUUUGGAGUAUUAACGGUUAAAUGUUCGCGUACGUAGGAAACAUUGUGCUGUUUUAUUGGCUUGUACUUAACACCGAAAAACUGACGAGAGGGAAAAACUUAUCAAGGGUUUUGUUAUUUUCAAAUGUCUGUUGCUUAUAAAUAACCACUCAUAUGUUUUAGACAAAUGCAAUUACAAUCAUUUUAAUGGAAAAGAAUGUAACAUAUCUCAUACUGUAUUGUAUGAUAUAUAUAUCUGCUAUAUAUACUGUCUGGAUCUAUACUGCAUCAGAACACUCAUUCUGUAAAACACAAAUCCAGAUUUAGUUUUUCUUUUUUUCUCAAAUCCAUGAAUUGUGUGAAAUUUACUUUUUUUCUUGAAUAUUUAUGUGCAUUAUCUAACAUAACUGUAUCUCAUUUUAAUCUGCAUUUACUCCCUGAGAA